GUGACGUUUUAGAAUUCCGUUUGACGGAUCCGGGAAUAGAAUUUUAGAAUAAAUUUGUGAUAUUUAUUAUGAGCGAUGGGUUAGGCUUGAAAUUUUAUAGGUUUCCUAAAUAAAAAGAAAUGGUUCAGUUACUCUAUAUUAUCGCCAGUUUGCAUGUGCUGCUGUGUCCAUUUACGAAAGUCGAGGAAAGUUUCAAUAUCCAGGCCACCCAUGAUAUUUUGUACCAUCGGUUUAACCUAUCUGAGUACGAUCAUAAUGAGUUCCCGGGUGUUGUGCCGCGCACUUUUGUCGGGCCACUCGCGAUAUCGGUGCUGUCUGCACCAGUCGUCGGAGUGUUGCACUUAUGCGGCAUAACAAAGUUUUGGAUGCAAUAUGUUGUGAGGCUGACACUGGCCCUGUUAGUAAUAGCAGCAUGGAACAGACUCCGGAAUGCUCUGCAGAAGCAGUUUGGCAACACAUUCUCAUGGUGGUUCAGUGUGAUCAGUGUGACGCAGUACCACUUCAUGUUCUAUAUGAGCCGUCCAUUACCUAAUAUUUUAGCUUUACCUCUUGUUCUUGUAGCUAUGGAAGGAUGGCUGUUGGGGAAACAUAAACAAUUUAUAAUUAUGGCUGGAGCCUCUAUUAUAAUAUUUAGAUCCGAGCUGGCAAUGCUGUUUGGAUUAUAUCUUAUUAUAGAUUUAUUUUUCAAGAAAAUUGACGUGGGAUCUAUUUUAAAGACAGCAGUGCCAGCAGGUGUGGCACUGGUAGCACUGACAGUGCUGGUGGACUCGGUGUUCUGGAGACGGCUGCUGUGGCCCGAGGCUGAGGUGUUCUGGUACAACACCAUUCUGAACAAGAGCUCCAAUUGGGGUACAUCGCCAUUCCUCUGGUACUUCUACUCAGCGCUGCCCCGCGGUCUCGGCCCCAGCAUCGUGCUGUUACCUAUAGGCAUGUACUUGGACCGACGCAUAGUGCCCGUCGUGGUGCCAGCCGUAGUGUACAUACUGCUCUUCUCCUUCCUGCCUCACAAGGAGCUGAGGUUUAUAAUCUAUGUGUUCCCGUUGCUCAAUGUUUCGUCAGCCGUCACUUGUUCCUAUGUAUAUAUCAGACGGACGAAAGCACCCAUUUACGAAUUACUUUUUUGGGGAAUAGUGAUGAUAAUGAUAUGCAACAUCGCGUUUUGUGUGGCACUCACGUUGGUGGCUAUGACCAACUAUCCAGGGGGAGUGGCUAUGAUAAGAUUUCACAAAGUACUUAAAAAUGAACCAUACGUCCACCUACACAUCAGCAACCUGGCGGCGCAGACCGGCGUCACACGGUUCACACAAAUAAACGACCAUUGGACUUACAGCAAAAACGAAUCCUUGUCAGUAGAUCAACUACAAUCAUUUACACAUUUACUCGUGGAAGCAAAGAGUAAAUAUUCACCUAACCUUAAAGCAUUCAUGCAAACACAUAUAAUUUUAGAUAGCAUCGAAUCAUUUUCGCAAAUCACAAUGAAUUAUAAAUUAAUACCGCCGGUUAAAAUUAAAACGAAACCAGCCAUAUUCAUAUUAGAAAGAAAGAAUUUUAGAGAUUCUUCACAUUCCCAUAUAGAUACACAAAAGGCAAAAGAAGUACAAUACUAUGCAGAAGAUACGGAACCCAGUCAAGUGAGUGUAGAGGAAAUAGAGAUAAAUAAUAUUGACUUAACCGAGGAAUUAUUUGAUGAACCUGAAAUAGAGUUAGUUGUCAAAGAAGAUAUAGAUGUAUCAGAAGCAAUUGAAAGUGUUAAUAUAAUCACCCCUGAGGAAAUCACAGUAACAGUAGUCAAUGAUAUUGAUAAUGACAGCACGUCGUUGGAAGAAAUGGAAGAAAAUCUAGUGAAAACUAUCACAUCUAAAAAACUUGCAGAUGAUAUAAAAACAUUUACUAAACAAGAAAGAAAGAAGAGAGUUAUAGCAAAAAUUAAAUCGGAAACACGCAGGGAAGUUGUCGCAUCUGCCAAAGAGAAAUUAAAAGAAAUAAUGAAACGACAUAAACAUAUCGCAGAAGAGCUCUCUGAUAUCGUAUCAGAUGAUGUAAAGACUGAAGUAGUGCAAGAGGAAGAUGGUAGAGGCGAUGUACCCGAUAGUGAAUUAACACAGAAUGAAGAAACUGUCACUGAAGAAGUUAAACAAACUAGUAUUACCAACUCUGCAGAAACUAUUACCGAGUUAAAUAAUCCCGUUAAUAAUCAAAACAUCAAUAUUGAUUCUAUUGUAGAAGAGGUAAUCGUUCGUUUAUUGGACCGUAAAUUAUACGACGACAAAACUAUACCAGAAGACAUUAAGAUUGAAGACAGGCUGACGAUCCAAAGAAUUGUUGAAGAAAUCCUAUCUGAAAGAAUGAAUUACACAAAAACAGAAAAUGAAACAAUGGAUAAGAAAUAACAUAAAUAACAAUAGUAACUGGAAACUGGUGAUCUCUAUAUGAAUUAUAUGUGUUGUUAUAAAAUAACAGCUAAUUUAUGGAAAAAGAAAGCUUAUUGGCAACUUUUUAGUAAUGUAAUGAUAUUGACAUGGCAUAUUUUGUAUCUACUUCAAACGAAAGACCAGUGCGAAUAUUUGGCUUUAAAGUGUCGAGUGGGCUAAUACUAGGCAGUGAGAAACGUGCAUAUCUUUUUAUAACUAGCGAACGUUCGCAUGGAUAUAUAAGUAUUAAACUAAUGAACCUUCCUCUAGAAUUGCUCUAUCUAAUGAUGAAAUGAAACAGCAUUAAAAUCUGUUGUGUAGUUUUAAAGAUUUAAACGCACAAACGGCGGAAGCGACUUUGUUUCAUACCAUGUUGUGAGACGAAUAUCUUAGCAUUCCAUGGAUUCACCGUGCGGGUGCCGGGUCCAUCGCGUGGUAGAGAGGAAAACUCCAGGCAGAGUCCUGAACUUGUGACUACAGGAUGUAGGGUUAAGGAAUUCCUUGACGAUCGAUCAACUCUCCCCCCGUUCUCUGCUCGUGUUGUUCUCCCUGCCUAGCCAAAUUUGGUAAGAUCCUAUUAGAGCAGCUUUGGAUACUCGUUCUAAUAUAGAACUAGUUCACUAGUAUCUGCUAACUAAGAAGUUGAAAGUUGCAAGUCACAAUCGUGUAGGAUUUACGCGUCAUUAAUAUUAAUUACGCCAUUUUUAUCGUGUAUAAAAACCAAAUAUAAUACUGGCCUGAAUAACAACUUUGUUACUUAAGCGUGUGUUAAAAUUGCGUAUUUAUCUGAUUUAUAAUGUAGCUAAUAAGUUGCCAAAUGCGUAAUCGUGUCUAUUGUGAAAGAGUAAUUGCAAUGUUUGUAAAUCACACGUGUAUAAGUGCCAAAUUAACUUUGUUAUUAAAUUAUUAUCACAACUAUGUAAGUAUGUUAAUAAAAUAUUCUAUUAAAAA